AUGCUGGACAGAACAAUGGAGCGGCGAGCGCUGUUGUUCAUCUGGGUCUUUUCUCUCAGCUGGGCGCGCGGACAGGUCAGUUACUCCAUCCCUGAGGAGAUGGCGAAAGGCUCGCUGGUCGGUAACGUUGCGCAGGAUUUGGGUUUGGAUAUCCAAAGGCUCAAGUCGGGUAAAGCGCGUAUCUACACAGGGGACAGUGGCGGAUACAUGGUGCUGGAUAAGGAGAGAGGAGUCCUCCUUGUCGGAGAAAGAAUAGACAGAGAGGCGCUCUGCGGACGAACGACGCCCUGCGCGCUUGACUUCCAGAUCAUCUUGGAAAACCCUAUGGAGUUUUACACCGUCACGGUCGAGGUCACCGAUAUCAACGACAACGCUCCCGCUUUUAAAAACGGCGAGGUGAAAUUCGACGUCGGGGAAUUGGCACAAAUCGGGGCGAAGUUCGUGCUGGAAAAGGCAGUCGACGACGACGUCGGGCUUAACGGCCUGCAAAGCUAUUCACUGAGACCGAGCGACAACUUCGUUUUGAAUUCGUAUCGAGUGGGCGGCAGCAGAAAUGUGGAGAUGGUUCUGAGGAAACCUCUAGACCGAGAGAAACAGGAUCGGUUGUCUCUGGUUUUGACUGCCGUCGAUGGCGGCGAGCCGCGGCUCUCCGGGACGAUCCAGAUACGCAUCGCUGUGCUGGACGCCAAUGACAAUGCGCCGGUAUGUGCUCAAGCGGAGUACAAGGCUAACGUAGAGGAGGAUGCCGUGAAAGGCAGCGUUUUAACAACGGUGAGCGCGACCGAUGCGGAUCAAGGAUCUCACGGACACGUCUUGUAUUCAAUUUCGGGCAUAGCGGAGGGCGCCGCGGGCCUGUUUAAGGUAAAUGAAGACAAUGGGUUAUUUCAGUUAGUUGGCAAACUUGAUUAUGAGAGAAUAAAGCAUUAUGAAAUAGACGUUCAAGCCGCAGACCCAGGUGGAAACUCCGACGUCUGUAAAGUAAUAAUUGAAGUGUUAGACACGAACGAUAACCCGCCUAUUAUAAAUAUUAUGUCACAGUUGAGGAGCAUAGCGGAGGAUGUAAAGCCUGGGACGGUUCUUACUAUGAUGAAUAUUCAAGACCCCGACUCAGAUGAAAACGGUAAAGUGUUGUGUGUCUUAGACGAAAAUGUCCCUUUUGACAUGAAGUCGACAUCAAAUAAUUUCUUUACUCUAGUGACAGACAGUAAUCUGGACCGAGAGAGAGCCUCCGAGUAUAAUAUCAGUAUCACGUGUUGUGAUGAGGGAGUGCCCUCUCUCUCCAGCAGCGUCACUCUCACCUUACACAUCUCAGAUGUGAAUGACAACGCGCCUGUCUUUGAGAGGAGCUCAUAUGAGGCCUACAUUGUAGAAAACAACACACCGGGUCUCUCCAUAUUCACAGUGAAAGCCACAGACGCUGACUGGAACCAGAAUGCCCGUGUCUCUUAUAUACUGGAGGACUCCUCGGUUAACGGAGUGCCCGUCUCCUCCUAUGUGUCCGUCAGUGCUGAUAGUGGAGUCAUCCAUGCAGUUCGCUCUUUUGACUACGAGCACAUCAAGGAUUUCCACUUGUGUGUUAAAGCGCAGGAUGGAGGCUCUCCUCCACUCAGUAGUAACGUGACUGUGAAAAUAAUGAUCCAGGACCAGAACGACAACGCCCCUCAGGUGCUGUACCCAGUCCAGACCAGCAGCUCUCUGGUGGCUGAAAUGGUGCCUCGUUCAGCAGAUGUGGGCUAUCUGGUGACUAAAGUGGUGGCUGUUGAUGUGGACUCUGGACAGAAUGCCUGGCUCUCCUAUAAGCUGCAGAAAGCCACAGAUAGGGCGCUGUUUGAAGUGGGCUUACAGAAUGGGGAAAUAAGGACUAUCCGCCAAGUCACUGAUAAAGAUGCUGUGAAGCAAAGGCUGACUGUUGUAGUGGAGGACAACGGGCAGCCCUCUCGUUCAGCUACAGUCAAUGUUAACGUGGCGGUGGCGGACAGCUUCCCUGAAGUGCUCUCGGAGUUCACUGACUUUACGCACGACAAGGAGUACAAUGACAACCUGACUUUUUACUUAGUCUUGGCUUUGGCUGUAGUGUCCUUUCUCUUCAUCACCUGCUUAGUGGUCAUCAUAUCAGUGAAGAUAUACAGAUGGAGACAGUCUCGCAUCCUCUAUCAUUCCAGUCUGCCGGUGAUUCCCUAUUAUCCACCACGUUACUCAGACACUUUGGGGUCAGGGACUCUCCAGCACGUGUACAAUUACGAGGUGUGCAGGACGACUGACUCCAGAAAGAGUGACUGUAAGUUCGGCAGAGCCGGUAGUCAGAACGUGCUGAUAAUGGACCCCAGUUGUACAGGGACGAUGCAGCGGAUCCAGAAUGAAAAGAACAUCCUGGAUGAGCCAGACUCUCCUGUAGAGGUUAGUGUUCACAAGAAUGUUCAUUUUAGCUUUCUGUUUGCCUUCCUUCAGAACCACGGACAGUUACCAACUUCCUGA